AUGGUGUUAAUUGUGCCUGAUAAAAGAUUAUUUACUAUCAUAUUAUUCAUCGCAUUUGCAAAUAACGACUUUAUGCCCUCAUUUAGAGAGAUUUGGAAUAGUCCAUGGGUAACUGGGACAGCAGCCGCUGCAGCAAUAGGACUAACUGGUCUAGUAGUUGCGCCUUUUAUUUUAUCAGCAAUAAUUAGUGCGUUGGGAUUUGGUACAGAAGGUAUUGCGGCAAGUUCAUUUGGUUCCUGGUUUAUGUCAUUGUAUGGAGGCAUAGUUGAAAGCGGAAGUGUCCUUUCGAUCCUUCAAUCAUACGGAGCUGCUGGUUUACCAAUGGUCGCUACUUAUAUUAGCGGUAGUGUUGGUACAGCUAUUGGAAUCCUUAUUGGAGCAGCUGGCGGCAACAUGUUGGCAAAUUAUCUUGAUGAAAUGAAAUUAAAUGAACCCGAACAACAAUCCUUUGAAAAUUUUGUUCAAAUUGAGGAAAAAACUUUCUCAAAUGAUCAUAGUAUGGUCAUAUUCACUCUUUUGCCAGCUUUAUUAUGUAAUCAAAUAAUGUUAAAAUGUUUCAUUGAAACAUUUGUAUCAAUUUCACCUUUCUCAAAUUCUAAAUCAUUUAAAUUUUAUUUCAAUGAAAAAUCUUCUUCUGAAGAAGAAAAGUUGCAUAUUAUAUAUGAUUUGCUAAUUAGCAAUUUUAACGAAUCUAGAGUGGAAAGUUUGUUGAUAAAGGAUCAAAUAGUUGGAUAUGGUUUGGAUCUUAACGAUUAUCAAGCAUCAAAUGUUAUGAUAUAUAUAUUGGAAGAAAUUUGGAGACAAAUAAAUGUGAAGGGAGAUAUCAAGUCAAAAAUAUACAGUAAAAUCAGUAAAAUCCAUAAAAUCCAUAAAAUCUAG